AUGUCCAUUACCACUGAUGCAACAUUCAAAUCUAUUAAGAAAUUAAACAAAAAACUGGUCAAAACUCAACACCGGGUCUCCAAUUGUUCCACUUAUAUAAAAAAUGACGAUGUGCCCACAGGAUUCAAAAUCAAGCUCACUCCUAACAUCGGUAACAUUUCCAAACGAUUUUUAAAUCGUUGGAACAACAUUUUGCACUCAUGUUCUAAACAACUGAUGGACCUUUGUCUCUCUUGGGACUUACACCAGGUUGGACACAUUACUGAGGCCAUCACCGCCAAUGAUCUGAAGUUGCGGAAUGCUGUGUCCCAAGGAGAAUAUGAAGAGCUGUGCUAUAUCCUAGAAGGGUACAAUUCAACUUUGUCGAAAUCUCUGCUAGAGAAGCAAACCAAAAAAAUUUCCAGAGAUUCAAUCCAUCUACACUCCCGUUCAAACAAUGGUAGACAGAGAGUUCCUACUGUAACACCACAACGACCAACGAAUAAACCAUCUACCAAAACCAAAAGAAACAGGAGAUUUAAACGCAUCACAACAGAUAUGCCAAGUGAGCUUGAAUCACAUACAAAUGCCAUUCUUAACCUCUCCAGUGUUGUACUAUCAGAUUCUGAAACCAGCUUACUGUCCAAAGGUCUAAACUUUUGUCCAGUACCCCGUGAAAUCGAUGAGAAACAACUUAGAGAGGACACCAGGGCAUUCUUCAGACGUAUGCGUUUAAAAGAGCACUUUUCAAGUCGCCAGAAGUCCACUGAUUUUGACAACGAAUCCGAUACGGAGAGUUCAUCUCAAUCACAGGAACAGACAACUUCAUAUGAGCCUGAUCCCUUUCGUAUCAAAAGUACUUGGGAUCCAAGACCAGGAAAAUGUCCAACCCUUGAGACAUACAUAGAGGCCGUAGAAUCAGACAUUGAAAAGUUGCUUCAAAAUCCUACUCAAACUUAUGACAAUCUGACCCGCGAUGAAAGGAGCAGUAUUCAAGCACUUAAAACCCGGGAAGAUAUUGUCAUUAAGAAGGCAGAUAAAGGGUCCACUGUAGUCGUUAUGGACAAACAAGAUAAUAUAGCAGAAGCAAACAGACAAUUGUCAAAUCAAUUCUUCUAUAGAAAAAUUGAUUUUGACCCCACAAAAAGCAAUGCUGACGCUAUUAUCGACACUUUAGAAAAAAUGAGACGCGAUGAAGAAAUAAGUCUUGAAACUUUCACUUGUCUCGUUCCCUCUAACUACAGCACACCUGGACAAUUCUACCUUCUACCUAAAAUACACAAAGAAGGAAUCCCAGGCCGCCCAAUUGUCAGCGCUAUUGGUCAUCCAACUGAGAAAAUCUCACAGUUUUUGGACAUGCACCUACGACCUCAUGUAGAAACCAUACCGUCCUACCUCAAAGACACGACAGACUACAUGAACAAAACCCCAACUUCGAACUUGCCAGACAACACCCUUCUCGUGACUAUGGACGUUGCAUCAUUAUACACGAACAUUCCUCACGAUGAAGGCAUUGAGGCAUGCAAGGAAGUCUGGAACAGUAGAAAACACCAAAAACCGUCCACGGACUCCUUGGUUGAACUUUUAGAACAUGUACUUAAACGCAAUAACUUCAUGUUCAAUGGGGAACAUUACUUCCAAGUAAGUGGUACGGCCAUGGGAACUAAAAUGGCACCCUCGUAUGCUGACAUAUUUAUGGGUAGACUAGAAAAACAACUUUUGCUACAAGUACCCACUAAACCCCUCAGCUGGCUUAGGUUCAUCGAUGACAUAGAAAUCAAAUGGGUCGAAGGAAGGGAAAGUCUGGACAAUUUUGUGUCCUUUGUCAAUUCAUUUCACCAUAAUAUUAAGUUCACAGUGGAUAUUUCAGAUACCACCAAUACAUUUCUUGAUACAAAAUCCACUCUUAGAAAUGGUGAAAUUGAAUUUGAUCUCCAUACCAAACCGACCGACGCCCAUUUAUAUCUAAUGCCAUCCAGCUGUCACCCACAUCACAUUUUCAGGGGUUUACCGAAAGGCCUAGCAAUUCGUGCCAGACGAAUUUGUUCUAGUGAGGAAUCCUAUGAACGACAGGGUCAACAAAUAAAGUCUCAUUUAUGCAAACGAGGUUACAAGCCGCUAUCUGUCACUAAUGCCGUUGAUGAGAUUAAAACAAUCGACAGGUCUUCACUGUUGCAGUACAGGGAGAAAACGAAAUGCUGUAGAGUACCUCUAGUCACCACUUACCACCCUGCAUUGAAGGACCUAAACAAAAUCCUAAAGGAUAACUUCCCGAAACUCUUGGAUAAUCCUAGAUUGGCAAGAGAAUUCGGUGAGCCACCAAUGGUGUCCUUCAGACGACCCAGGAAUAUCAAGGAUUUGGUGGAAUUUAAGAGUGGGCCACCAUUUGGUAGAGUUGUUGGGCAAGGAUAA